AUGGACACACUUGACGACCUGGUUGCUCUUGUUUGCGCAUUCCCUCACCUCGAGACUCUCGCGUUGGAUGAUAUUGGAUGGGACGUGCCCGAUGCUAGUCCUUCCCAUCGGUUUCCGGCUGGAUUGCGCAGACUUCACCUUGGUAGCUUAUGUAAACGCGACUUGCUGGAAUGGAUGCGCGCGCGGUCGCCGGUCCCGCUUGUCAAGCACCUGAGCCUCGGCGCCGUGUCACCCGCCGAUGCACAAGAAAUUGGGGAGUACAUCGCUGUCGCAAACUCGCAGCUUCAGUCCCUACGCGUGGCCUUCAACUCGCUCGAUGCUGGCGGCGAUGCGGAGGACUUCUCAAAGGCUGUCGACCUAUCACGAUGCACAGCGCUGCGCUCGCUUUGGAUAGACGAGCUCGUGUAUUUCGCACUGUUCCGCCUCACCAGCCCUUUCCCAUGGCUCGUGGACAUCCUUCUCCAAGCCGCCGUACUUCCCGAGCUCGAGCGCAUAACGUUGACACUUUACAUCGACGCCGCCGAACAGCUUGACGCGAGUGAGAAGCCCGCGCACUGGGCUGCGCUCGACGCCGUCUUCGCACCCCCGAACUUCCUCAACCUCGUCGCGCUUGACGUGCUCAUCUGCGGACAUGCCGCGCUGCCAUCCGUAGACGUCGCACUCCGGGCCAAACUGCCGACCUGCGCGAGCCGCGGCCUGCUCAGGGUCAUCGCGUGCGACGCAGCGGGCAUCUGGGACUGA